UUGCUCGUGCAGCUGCUGCAACGUCACAGCCGUCCGCGACGAUGGCCGAGCCUGGCGGCGACGCGAGACUCUGGAACGGCGUCAGCGGCGGCAGGGGCUCGGGCUCGAGCCGGCACGAGAAGAGCCUGGGGCUGCUCACCACGCGCUUCGUGUCGCUGCUGCAAGAGGCGAAGGACGGGGUGCUGGACCUCAAGCAGGCUGCUGAUAUACUUGCAGUAAGGCAGAAAAGAAGAAUCUAUGACAUCACCAAUGUAUUAGAAGGAAUUGGCUUAAUUGAGAAGAAAUCAAAAAACAGCAUCCAGUGGAAGGGUGUUGGUCCUGGUUGCAAUACUAAGGAAGUCAUUGAUCGAUUGAGAUACCUAAAGGCAGAAAUUGAAGAACUGGAAUCAAAGGAGAAAGAACUAGAUCAACAGAAAAUGUGGCUACAGCAGAGUAUUGAGAACAUAACUGACAGUACACAGAAUAAUAGAUUGGCAUAUACAACUCAUGAAGAUGUCUGCAAUUGCUUUCAAGGUGAUACACUUCUUGCCAUCCAGGCCCCUUCUGGUACACAACUAGAAGUUCCAACUCCUGAAGUGGGACCAAACGGAGAAAAGAAGUACCAGAUUAAUUUGAAGAGUCAAUCGGGACCCAUUCAUGUUGUUCUCAUUAAUAAAGAGUCUAAGUGCUCGAAGCCUGUUGUGUUUCCAGUUCCUCCACCAGAUGAUCUAAUGCAGCAACAGCAAGGUCCUGGAAUGCCCUCAACCUCACAAAAAUUCCCUUGGACCCCACUUCCAAACCAAGUUGCCUCAUUAAAGGAAUCAAACGUUGCUCAGGUUCCAUUAUCUCGGCCUUCUUCUGAUUGUGGCAUCCAGUUACCUAGUAUUGCACCGGAAGCCCCAUACUUGAACCUGCCAGGUACACCAGAGGUUUACAGAGGGAUGACAACUGAAUCACUACAGAAUAUUCGGGAGCAAAAUGGAUUGCAGUCACUUCUUCCAAUAGAUGUUCUCAAAUAUCCUUCAACAUCAUGUGAGCAAAUAAAGAUAGAGUCAAAUGCUACUCUUGAUGGAGAUAUAAUGGAUGAAUUUAUAUCAUCAGAUGUGUUUCCUCUCCUUCGACUUUCUCCUCCACCAGCUGAUGAAUACAGUUUCAACCUGGAUGAAAAUGAAGGUGUCUGUGAUCUUUUUGAUGUGCAGAUUUUGAAUUGUCGAUUUUAACCAACGUCACACACAGUCUAAGAUGUCAAAUCUACCUCUAGACCACCAGUCAUCCUUCAGAAACUACAUUAUCCAACUUGUGAAGUUCUGUAUAGCAUUUUCAAGACAAAAAGUUUAAGGUUCCGGAAAUUGUGUCCUUUUAUAUGUUUAAGUCUUACGUGGACAUUUUUAUACAGUGGUUCAGUUUGUCUUAUAACACUGCCAGGUGGCGCACAAUAGAAUCUCUUACAAUUGAAUGUAAUACUGCCAAGGAAUAGUGUCCUUUAUGUUAUUACAAAAGUAUUUGCUUCACGAAUGACUUUUCUACUACCCUUUUAAAUAGGGUGGCAGAAAGAAGUGAUUUUUUUUCAUACACUGCACACUUUAAGUGCCUUUUGAUUCUUGCACUUUAGGAGCAAUUUUUGUUUUGUAAUAAUGGACAGGGAAACCUGCGUUAUCUUAGAAUUGAAAUAGGUAGUCUCCUAAUAUGCUGUUAGUUGACCACAAGCUGUGUUUUCUCUUCAAGACCUUAGACCAAUUUCACUAUACUUUUAUUAAUCCAGCGCAUUUUUAGAUCAGAGGAGGAGUAUGUUUUAGGGCAAGAUAUUUGAAAACUGAAUGUGCCCACGAGAUCUAACACUAACCAUCUGGAAUGUUUUUCAUUCCCACAACUUACACUAAACUCUACUGGUGAGUAGGAUUCAUGUCAAUAUGAUUAAUCAGUGAUUGGAUUAUAACAAAUAUGGAAUAAAUAGAUUUGUGUUUUAGUAGCUUAUUGCUAAUUAUGCACAUAACUUCAAAUUUGGCCUAUCUCCUCCAGUUUUCGGUUGGAUUUGUGAAAUAACUUUGAUAACUAGUUGAUCUAAAGUGAUUGUUUGGGCUUAACUACAUCUUGCAAAAUGUUUACAUUUGCAUUUUGUACAUGGAUAAAGUUGUCCAUUGCAGUGCCUAUAACAUAGAAUUACAAGCAGGGAAGUUCUUUGUAUUACUCAGUAUUUUAUUGACCAAAGUUGUGUUCUUUUUUCAAAUAAAAGAUAAAACUUUCA